AUGAAGACUUUUGUCGUCUUCUUCACCGUCUCUAUCUACUGUAGUCCAGCUGGAAAACUUACUAUUGUUAACAAAUGCACCGACCCAGUUACCGUGGUGAGGACGUCAGCUGGAGGUGGCGGCCAACAGGCUCAAUGUCGACUGGCAGUGGGAGCUUCUUGCGUUCAAACCUACACAUCUGGUGCUAUGAACUUUCGUCACGACUUUGGAGUUGGUAAUGACAAUUAGUAAUAUUAGAGUGUUCUAAGUCUUUUAUAUUGACUACACUGUGCAUUAAAUUAGUACUAUGGCAUGGCUUGUUAUUAGGUCGUUCAAACAAUUCUGCGUCUCUUCUCAAAGCAAAUUUUCAAAGUUAGGGGCACAUAAUUAUUUGAACACCUUAAUAUAUUGUUGUAGGUCACACCAUCUCUGAGUUUUCCUUCGACGACUCGAAUGGACAUGACAAUUACGCUAUAAACUUGAUCGAAGGGUUUGAUAUUGCUAUGCAGAUCAUCCCAGAGAACGGAGGUUAA